GGCUGUACGACGCGGUGGACCACCUGGCGAGUCAUCAUUCAACCGAGGUUGAUUUGAUUGUUUGUUGCGGAGAUUUUCAAGCUGUGCGAUCUAUGGAUGAUCUGGCUUCGCUCUCCUGUCCGCCCAAGUUCCGCGCCAUGCACACCUUUCACAACUACUACUCGGGCACGUCUCUUGCAUCUGUUCCGCUUCUCUUUGUUGGUGGAAAUCAUGAGGCUUCUUCUCAUCUUCGAGAAGUCUUUCACGGUGGCUGGAUCGCGCCUAAUAUGUACUAUCUUGGCGCUGCUGGCGCUGUCUCCUUCAAUGGCAUCCGCAUCGCCGGUAUCUCGGGCAUCUACAAGUCGCAUGACUACCACAAGGGCCACUUUGAGAUCCCGCCCUACAACUCGUCCUCGCUCCGCUCCGCCUACCACACCCGCUCCAUCGAGGUUUUCCAGCUUAAGGCCCUGCGCCACGCCGACAUCGACGUCUUUGUCUCUCACGACUGGCCGACCGGCAUUGCCCUUAAGGGCGAUCUCGAUGAGCUCCUCCGCAUCAAGUCUUUCCUCCGUAAGGAGAUUGCCGACGGCUCGUUCGGCUCGCCGCCGCUGGCCGACCUGCUCGACACCCUCGAGCCCAAGUACUGGUUCGCGGCCCACAUGCACGUCAAGUACCCAGCCAUCCACACCCACGCCUCGGGUGCCAAGACCAAGUUCCUGGCCCUGGACAAGAUCCGGCCCGGUGGCGACUUUCUGCAGGUUGUCGACGUCGAGCCCACAACUCCGUUUGAGCCGGCCCACCCGAGCGAGGCCAAUGCGCUGUGCUACGACCCGCUGUGGAUGGCGGCGCUCAAGGAGACGUACCCGCUGAUGAACUUUACCUCGGCUCGGACGCAGUUGCCGACCUCGCUCCCGGAUCAGCCAUCCGCCGACGCCGUCACCGCCAUGCGCGACGCUAUUGUUGCCGCCAACGGCUCGCUCGCGAUUCCAGCAAACUUUGUCCGCGUCGACCCCUUUGCCGGCGGCGUCUACCACCCGGGCUCGCCGCAGACGGUGGCCCUGCUUGCCCUGCUGGGCAUCGACUCGCCUGCGCUCCGCGCCGACGACUAUGUCGAACUCUCGCCGACGGGCACGCCUUCGGCUCCGCCGCCGUCGCUCCUCCCGCAGCCGCCGCAGUCGCUCCUUACGCCACAGCAACCGCUCCCGCCUGCACCCGCCGGGCCUUCUGGUCGCAAGCCGCUUGUCCUCCCGCCGCCGGUCAACACGAGUGCGGCGCCCAAUGCCGACGUCAUCCACAUGUCGGCGUCAUCGUCGGACGACGAGGAGUAA